AUGGCGGUGAACAACAUUUCUAAAAAGCGCAAAUUCGUUGGGGACGGUGUAUUUAAGGCAGAACUUAACGAGUUCUUGACCAGAGAAUUAGCUGAAGAUGGCUACUCCGGCGUGGAGGUACGAGUCACCCCCACACGAUCAGAGAUUAUCAUUAUGGCAACUAGAACACAAAGCGUGCUCGGUGAAAAAGGCCGCAGAAUUCGCGAGUUGACUUCUGUAGUGCAGAAGAGAUUUAAUAUCCCUGAACAAUCAGUAGAGCUGUAUGCUGAGAAGGUCGCCACCCGUGGUCUUUGCGCUAUCGCUCAGGCUGAAUCUUUGAGAUACAAAUUGAUUGGAGGUCUGGCUGUCCGUCGUGCAUGCUACGGUGUCCUCCGUUUCAUCAUGGAAUCUGGAGCCCGAGGCUGUGAAGUGGUUGUAUCUGGCAAAUUGAGAGGUCAACGUGCCAAGUCUAUGAAGUUCGUUGAUGGCCUCAUGAUCCACUCUGGUGACCCUUGCAAUGACUAUGUCAACACAGCCACACGGCAUGUGUUGUUGCGGCAAGGUGUACUUGGUAUUAAGGUGAAAAUCAUGUUGCCAUGGGACCAGCAGGGCAAGAACGGCCCCAAGAAGCCCCAGCCCGACCACAUCCUGGUUACGGAACCAAAGGACGAGCCGGUGCCUUCCGAGCCCACCAGCGACGUGCGAACACUUCCGCCAACAACUUUGCCGCCACCCGUGGCCGCCGUUGCUUAG